CAAGCCUCCUGUCCCUUCCUGCAUAGUCCGUGAGCUGCCGGCGCUACAGCGGGACAUCCUGCUUCUUGUAACCGUGUUCCCUUCUCUCUCUCUCCCGCUCCCUUUGUUUCUCAUUAUGUGUCACAUCGUUCCCAUCUGACGUCACUCGCACCGUCCCAUUAUCCCUGUACGAUCCCUGUUCCCUGUGCAUCCAUGUUUUCUUAAAACUUUGACGCAAUCGUUAAGGAAGAAGAGGAAAAGAGCCGUCCGCCUUGGUACGAGCAGCUGUCACCCCGGCAUUGGGAGCCCGGCACUGCCACCUGAAUGGAUGGGCAUGGGGAAAAGGGCCGGACUCUCUUACCCCGGGGCUGAGCGGCUGCCCCCGCCUGUCGCAGCCCUGCACCUCCCCGUACUGCUGCUGCUGCUGCUGGCUCUUUGGGGGGACACAGCAUAUUGCCAACAGCAAACUCAGUGUCGCAUCCAAAAGUGCACAACAGACUUUGUUUCUCUUACUUCACAUCUGAAUACUGGCAGUGACGGUUUCGAUUCGGAAUUUUGUAAGGCCUUGAGGGCAUAUGCAGCCUGCACGCAGAGAACUUCCAAAGCAUGUCGUGGAAACUUAGUUUACCACUCUGCUGUGUUAGGUAUCAGUGACCUCAUGAGUCAAAGAAAUUGUUCAAAGGAUGGUCCCACCUCAUCAACAAACCCUGAAUUUACUAUGGACGCUUGCAACUACCAUAACAGGGCGACGGAAAGGAUACUACGAUCAGGGGAUCAAACUCAGCCCAAUUAUCUGUUCUGUGGCUUGUUUGGAGAUCCACAUCUGAGAACUUUCCAAGAUCAUUUUCAGACUUGCAAGGUGGAAGGUGCUUGGCCGCUAAUAGACAACAACUAUUUGUCAGUGCAAGUGACCAAUGUGCCAGUGGUUCCUGGGUCUAGCGCUACUGCAACUAACAAGAUAACUAUAAUAUUUAAAUCAUUUCAAGACUGUACAGACCAGAAAGUGUAUCAAGCCGUGACAGACGACCUGCCUGCAGCAUUUGUGGAUGGCACAACUAGCGGUGGUGAUAGUGAUUCCAAGUCCUUAAGAAUUAUAGAGCGAGUUGGGGGAAAGCAUGUUGAAAUGCAUGCCAGAUACAUUGGCACCACAGUGAUUGUGCGCCAGCUUGGAAAUUAUUUAACCCUAGCAAUUCGCAUGCCCGAAGAGUUGGCAAUGGCAUAUGAGGAAAGCCAAGACUUACAACUGUGUGUUAAUGGAUGUCCAACAAGUGAACGUAUUGAUGAGGGGGGACAUCUGCGAUUACCUGUAACUGUUAGCAGCACACACGACGGGUCCACUGUUCAAACCGCCUCGCUGUACACACUGGAAAGCGCAAAUGAGAAAUGUCAUGAAAAGAUCCAGGUCAAGCACAUCUAUUUUCACUCCUGUGUUUUUGACUUGCUCACCACUGGGGAUGCAAACUUUACAGCAGCUGCUUUCAGUGCUUGGGAGGACGUGGAGACAUUACACCCCAGGAAGGAACGCUGGCAAAUCUUCCCGAACAAGGCCGGUUGCGCCAACACACACGCUUUGCCUGCUCUUGUGUUUGGCCUUGCAGGCUUGCUGUCGCUUUUUUUGUAGGAAUUUUCAUGUCUUUAAACAAAAUGUAAAAUAUAUAUUGUUAUAAUAUAUUGAGCGAAAGAUAGGAUCUUAUAUGUAUAUACCGUGUAUAUGAAGGGAGGUUUGUCUUGGGAUACCCAUGAGACUGUAUAUAUUGUUUGUUUCUAUUUACCUUGGAUGUAGUAUUACUUUUUUUACUUUUUCGGUUUUUGAGAUGUUCUAUGUUCCUUUAUUGGGACUUAUUAGAAAGCACUUUAUUUUUUAUAAAAUAUUUAUGUGUGUAUACAGUUUAAAAAAACAAAAAAAAA